GAGUGUGGGCUCCGCGGGUCUGGAGGGUUUUGAAAUUUCUGGCGGGGAAGCGCAGACUUAAAGCUCCUCGGGUGGGAACUGAAGUGACGCCCCCGAGGGAGCUGCCGAUCCGGGCGCUUCUGCCGCGGGACCGGGGCUGAGGCGCGCACGUGUGAGCGCCGCUGAAGAGGGAGUGCCCGGCGGUGUCGCCGCCGGUCGGGCCCGGAGCGCGCGUGUGCCCCGCGCGAUGCUGCGGCGCCUGGACUGCGACCGAGUCAGUCGGCUGUCGCCUGCUUCAGUUCCGGGAAGGGCAGCGUCGCUGCCGCUGAGUCCCUGAGGGGGAUGCCGGCGGGCCUCACGGAGCCGGCGGGCGGCGCCGCUGCUCCUGUCCUCGCGAGCGCCUCGGGGACCGUGGCCAUGGCCCCAGCCGCCGCGCUGCCGGUGCGGGUGGAGAGCACCCCGGUGGCCCUGGGCCCUGUGACUAAGGCUCCUGUCAGUGUCUGCGUGGAGCCAGUGGCGCCCCAGCCCUUGCCAUCCCCAGUUGGGACCCUAGUGACAAAAGUGGUUCCCGUCCCUGCCCUCCCCAAACUCGGCAGUCCUAGGCUGCCCGCUCCUCAAAUAGUCACCGUGAAAACUCCGGGCACCACGACAAUCCAGCUGCCUGCUAAUCUGCAGCUUCCUCCAGGUACAGUUUUGAUCAAAAGUAACAGUGGUCAGUUGAUGCUGUUAUCUCCUCAGCAAGCUGUAACAGGAGCCAAGACCACAAGUAACUUAACUCCAAGGCCAGCAUUACCAGCAAACCCUCAAACAGUCAAGAUCUGUACGGUGCCGAAUUCUAGCUCACAAUUAAUGAAGACAGUAACAGUGGCGCCUGUUAAAAAUUUGACACAGAUAGGAACUACUGUGGCAACCACUGUCUCCAGUACUUCCUCAGGACAAUCUGUGGCUGUACCAAGCAGUGUUGUCACGGUUACUCCUGCUAAGCCGGUGAAUACUGUAUCUGUCCUGAAGCCACCAGGUUUGGGAAUAUUAUCUACUCCUUCAAAUGACUCCAAUCUCAAAGCAGAGACCUCAGUAGCUGCUCAGACUAGUCUUUCUCCGGCAGUGCUAGAAAAUGUGAAAAAAUGUAAAAACUUCCUUUCAAUGUUAAUAAAACUAGCAUGUAGUGGAUCACAGUCUCCAGAAAUGGGGCGGAAUGUGAAGAAGCUGGUGGAACAACUUUUGGAUGCAGAAAUUGAAGCAGAAGAGUUUACUAGGAAACUAUAUAUCGAACUCAAGUCUGCACCUCAGCCGCACCUUGUUCCUUUUCUUAAGAAGAGUGUGGUUGCCUUAAGACAGCUUCUUCCUAACUCCCAGAGCUUCAUUGAGAGCUGUGUUAAGGAAAUUUCUGGUGAGGUGGUCAUUGCCUCUUGUACCACAAGGACAACAGCUUCUCCUGUGGUGACAAGUACAGUUUCUCCAGUCCUUGUCUCUGGAGCAACAGCAGCCAGAACUUCAUCUGUUCAACAGACUCUGAGUCCACUUGCUGGUCCAGGAGGAGCAAACACUGGAGUUGUGACACUGCAUUCUGUGGCCCCAGCUGCUGCAGCAGGAAAUACAACAGCUCCAACUAUUCUGCUUCAGACUUCAAAACCACUUCCAACAUCAGUUCCAAGUACAAUGACGGCAGCCUCCCUUCAGCCUGAGAAGCCGGCUGUGUCUGGGGCAGCAGUGACGCUGGCCCUUCCAUCAGGAACUUUUGGAGAAACAUCAGCUGCACCGCUUUGUCUUCCAUCUGUGAAGCCUGUCAGUACCUCUGCUGGGACCAAACCUGACAAACCUGUCAUUGGCACUCCAGUCCAGAUCAAAGUUGCACAGCCAAGUGCCCUCCUUCCACACUCAGCUGCCAUUCCACAGGCAGUCACAGUCAAGCAGCUAGUAGUCCAGCAGCCUUCAGGAGGCAGCGCAAACCAGGUGACCACCAUUCCCCAUUCCUCACCAUUGACCACUCAGAAAUGUGGGCAGAAGAUGACAGUGAGCACUGUAAUGCCUGCUAGUAAGUUUCCUCCAUCUUCUAUCAUAAAACAAAUUACUUUGCCUGGAAAUAAAAUUCUGUCUCUUCAAGCUCAAACACCUCUUCAGAACAGUAGAAUAAAAGAAAAUGGAGCCACCGGUUUCAGAGGUCAAGAUGACAUCAAUGAUGUGACUUGCAUGGCAGAAGUCAACCUUGAUGAAGAAAAUGCCUGCAUCUUAGCAACACAUUCUGAAUUUGUUGGCACACUCAUUCAGUCAUGUAAAGAAGAACCAUUUCUUUUCAUUGGAGCUCUGCAAAAGAGAAUUUUAGACAUUGGUAAAAAGCAUGACAUUACGGAACUUAACUCUGAUGCUGUGAACUUGAUCUCCCACGCAACACAGGAGAGAUUACGAGGCCUUCUAGAGAAACUGAUGACAAUCGCUCAGCAUCGAAUGACUAUUUAUAAGGGAAGUGAAAAUUAUGUCUUGUCUACUGAUACCAGAUCACAGCUCAAAUUUCUUGAAAAGCUAGAUCAAUUGGAGAAACAGAGGAAGGACUUAGAAGAAAGAGAGAUGUUACUAAGGGCAGCCAAGAGCCGCUCCAAUAAAGAAGAUCCAGAACAGCUGAGAUUAAAACAGAAAGCCAAAGAGUUGCAGCAGUUGGAGCUCGCGCAGAUCCAGUACAGAGAUGCUAAUCUUACAGCUCUUGCAGCUAUUGGACCACGGAAGAAGAGACCACUAGAAUCAGGCAAUGAGAGCUUCAAAGAUACUCCUUCUGUUUCUGGGACUUCCAGCCUAACAGCUCCCAAACCAUUGCUUCGUCCAAGAAUCACGAGAAUCUGCCUCAGAGACUUGAUAUUCUGUAUGGAACAAGAAAAAGAAAUGAAGUAUUCUCGAACCCUAUACCUUGCCCUUCUUAAAUGAUCACUCCAUCCGUCCAGAGGCUCACUGUUUACUGCCAAAGGAGACAGAGCGAGCACUGGUGCACUGUCCUGAAAUCUACUCUGAAAAAUAGUCACCAGUAUGGAAGACCAUUGUUUACACUGACAAGCUUUUAGUACAUCUUGUCUGUAUGUCCUGUGGGUUCUUGCCGAUGAAAAUUCAGAUGCUUUCUGGAAGUCAGUACCAAGUAGAUUUUAUGUGGAAGUAUCACUUACCUACCUACAUGUA